UCCACUUCCUCGCUGGAUUCAAGGUCCGCAGAAGAGUCAAGUCGAUUAAUUGACAAGAGUCGCGGAUUAACAUGCGAUUUUGAAAUAUGCGGCUUCUGUCUUGUCCACAACUGGUUUUGUUCCUGCUGGUCACUCUCCUCUGCGUCACAAACGCGAAAAGAGGUGGAGGCAGUCGGGGAGGAAGUCGCUCGAGCAGCCGAAGUUCCAGCCGCACCAGAUACUCCGACCGAUCCAGAGAUCGAGGCUCACCCAGUGCUCCGGCACCAAUACCCAUUCCCAGAGCACCUCCGGCACCUGCCCCUGCUCCUAAGCCACCGGCCCCACCGCCAAAAAAGCCACCGGCGCCGAAACCUUCUGCGCCAGAGGAGCCCGUUGUCGCUCGGCAACCUGCGCACAACCCCAACUUCAGAGAGUCUAGUCCAAACCAGGGAGCCAGUCAACCGGCAAGCAAUCCCAACUAUCCUGGACAAAAUGUACCCAGCAACAGACAACCACCUCCUUAUUCUCCGGGAGUAGCGCCGCCUGCUUAUUCACCUGCUGGUCAAUCUCCACCACAUGCCCCUGCGGGGGCGCCACCUGCCUAUUCACCAGGAGCCCAGCCACCGCCAUAUGCUCCUGCAGGUCAGGCGCCACCGUACAGUCCACCAGGACCUGGUUUCAGGCCAGGAAUCAAUCCUCCUGCGUAUCCUCAACAACCUGGAAUGAGGCCUGCACCUUAUCCUCAGCAGCCGGGCAUGGGAUCAGCUCCCUACCCUCAGCAACCAGGAAUGCGGCCAGCUCCUUAUCCUCAGCAACCAGGCAUGGGAUCCGCUCCUUACCCUCGUCAACCAGGAAUGAGCUAUCCUCAGCAACCAGGAAUGAACAGACCCUAUCAACAACAACCUCUGGGGAGCAAUGUUUGGACACCCCACUCUGGCAUGCCUGCACCUGCGUAUAUGAACUACGGAGGUUUGCCAACUGGUGGAAACAUGUACGGAAAACCACACAAACAGAAAGGAUUCUUGGGCUCCCUGAUGUCUCUUGGCGGCACGAAGCACAACUCGAAAAAUAAGUACUACGGAUCUUAUCCUGGUUCAUAUGGAAUGGGUGGCGGACUUGGCGGUAUGGGUGGUAGGGGAGGAGGCUUCCUUGGUAGGCAUGGGAAAUCCGCUGCCAUGUUUGCUAUACUUCCUUACAUGGCCAUGAGGAGUAGCCAUAGCUUAUUCAUGCCGAGACUGGGAUUCUUUCCUCUAUUUUUACCAAGUCCAUUCUAUCAUCAUCAUCAUUAUGGGUACGGAUACGGUCACUCUCAUUACUACGAUGUGUAUAAUGAAAACUACGCUGGAAAGUGCAAGCGCCCAAUUACACCUAUUCACGGGGCUGUACAGUGCAACUCAACGUAUCGUGAAACGCGAUGUCAUUUUAAUUGCACGGAAGGGUAUCAGUUCCCCGAUAAUACAACGAUGAAGGACAAUGAAUGUUGGCAUGUUACUGGAGUCUGGCGACCAGAAAAGAACUUUCCUGAAUGCAAACCUGUAUGUAACGAGUCGUGCUUGAACGGCGGCAGCUGCAUUCAACCAGGAAUGUGCGGGUGUUUGCCCGAAUACCGAGGACUUCACUGUGAAUUUCGUAAGUUAAAUUUCCUGAACUGUGACGUUCGCAAACUGGCGGGGUCUACAAAAAUCAGCUGGGUGUGUACGCACACGAGAAAUGAAACUUCGUGCAAGAUUAAAUGCAAGACGCCGACAGUAUUCGCCGUCGAGCCUGCCUCAGAAUACAAGUGUGCACCAGACGGAGUUUGGACCCCAGAUUCGAUACCCGAGUGCAUCAUCAAAGAUGAUGUGACGACAGAAAUUGCUUCAACUGUAGAAGUAACUACAGCCGAUUGAAGAAUAUGCUCAAUUUUCUUUUAAAAAUUUACGUGUGCAUGUAUAAUAAAAUGAUUUUAUAAGUCUC